UUUGUCAGCAGACUAGACUCCUCAUGAUUAGUUUGGAGAUUGGACUGGUCCUACUGGGAUUUUUAGUGCCUUAUGGACAUGGCCUUGUGCAUUUCGAGAAACUUCAACCUGGAGAGGAUGGUGGUUGCAAGGGCGUUACGGGCAAUGCUUUGAAGGUGGGAGAAACGGAAAAGGACGAAAAUACCUGUGGAGUUUACGUUUGUCAGAACGACAAGGGUGAUGCCUUGAUCCACUACUGCCAAUUACCGGCCACAUUUCAGGAGUGUGCGGAUGAAGGGGUCUCCACCGUACUCCCAUUUCCCGAGUGCUGUUGGAUCUGCGUAGAAUGGGAGGAUUGCGAUGAGGGUGGAGAGGGAGCAGGCGAAGAAGGAGAAGGAGAAGGUGAUGGGGGUGGUGGUGAUGAAGGUGGUGAGGAAGCAGGUGAAGAGGCAGGUGAAGAAGCAGGUGAAGAAGCAGCCGAAGAAGGAGCUGAAGAAGGGGGUAAACGAAAAGAAAAAAAGGAAGAAAAGGAAGAAGGUGGUGAGGAGGCUAAAGAAGAAGGCGGAGAAGCCGAAGAAGCCGAAGAAAGGCGAAAAUACAAACAUAAACUAUUCUAGAUAAUACCUACACACGUAAAGUUGAAUAAAGAAACAGUGAAAUGUGCCAUCACUUUAUAAAUAGUAAUUGAGAGAUCAAUGUAGAUCCAGUAAAACCUUUCGAAAUCUGCACUCCAAAAUCCUUAAGUCACCCCUAAAAAAGAUUUAAUGCAAAAGUAAGGCUCUGCAAUAUUAAGCGAUGUAGAGAAACUUGUAGGAGAUAUAAUACAAGAAUUGCGGUGAACUGCGCUAUUAUUUAAUAAAUAGUAACUUAAGAUCAAUGUAGAGCCAGUAAAACCUUUCGAAAUCUACACCCCAAGAUCCGUAAGUCUUCCGUAAAAAAGAUUUGAAAAAAAUUUAAUGCCCUGCAAUUGGUCAAAAUAAAGCGAAGUAGAGAAACUUCCAGGAGAUAUAGUACAAGAAUUACUGUGACAUGUGCUAUCAUAUCAUAAAUAAUAACUUAAGAUCAAUGUAGAUCCAGUAAAACCUUUCGAAAUCUGCACUCAAAAAAAAAAGAAAAAUAAAGCGAAGUAAAGAAACUUUUGGGAGGUAUAAUACAAGAA